CCCACGCUAAAUGGCGCCAUUCAGACGACUCACGAUGGACUACUCGUGGUAGAAGGCUGCCUCCAGGGAGUUCUCAUGCACGUUCCUCGGCGCCCUCACGACAAAGAACGAGCAGAUCAGAUCAAAAGUGGUUCUAUCUUUGUCUAUGAAGAGAACGCAUCAGGAAUCAAGCGCUGGACCGAUGGGUUGACUUGGAGUCCUAGUCGUAUCAUGGGUAACUUUUUAAUAUAUCGAGAGCUCGAGAAGCCGUUUCCACCGGGUGAAAAGAAGCGAGCUGUCAAACGGAAGCGAAGCACCGACGAGGGAUCCGAUUCUGACAACAAGGCAAAGGUGAAGGCAGAACAACGCCGUAUUCUUGGAUCUUUGGUCGAUUCUUACGGCUUCAAGGAUGGGGGACUGGUCAAGAAGACCAUGAGCAUCAAGUACAAGGGCACUACUCAUCACAUCAUCUCGUACUAUUCAGUGGAAGAUUGGAUCGAGUGUAAACUGCAGCGGCCAGUCGACAUGUCUACACUAUCUUCAUUGCCAAUCCGUCAAGAGCUCAUCGAGGAGCAAAACUUCAGGGCU